CAUUAUCCAGCAAUCCCAUUUCUGUCUUUUCAAAUAUUCUUCCAAAAAAAUGAAUUCCAUUAGUGCUAAUGGAUCUCAAAGUGAUGAAAGUGCUCAAGUUCCGGAAAAAUCUUCCAAAGUUGUGGCUGAUUUUGAGACAGCCAUAUCAUUAACGGGGUUUGGACAAUACAACUAUAUCCUCAUAGCUCUAGGAUGCCUAUGGAAUAUUCUAUGUCUUGUGGAAGUGAUAAGUUUUUCCUUUAUCGUCCCCAUACUGGAGUGCCAUUUAGAUUUGAAUUUAAGCCAAAGAGGACUUCUUACCUCAAUCAUAUUUUUUGGGAUGGUGUGUGGAUCGGUGGUGUGGGGAGUACUGUCUGACCUCUUUGGGCGCCAAAAAGUCUUAGUUUUGUCCAUCAGUAUGCUGGGAAUAGUUAACAUUGCUCUUGGAUUUAGCAACACCUAUACAUUGAUGAUCACAUUUAAAUUCUUCAGUGGAUUUUUUGUUUGUGCACCUUUAGCCAUCGUGCUCUCCUAUUUGGGUGAAAUGCACAGUGUUGCCUAUAGAUUGAAAGUUCUUGUUGGGAUUUCCGUCUUCUACAAUGCUGGAAAUUUAGUUACAUCCCUAUUGGGGUUGAUUUUCCUUACGCGCAAACUAGAAGUACAUUUUCUCAGUACAACCCUCCAGUCGUGGCAGCUUCUUUUGCUGACAGUUGCCCUGUUGGAUAUCAUUGGGGGUGCUUUGGUAUGUAUUGUGCCAGAAAGUCCAAAGUUUCUCAUGUCUCGUGGGAGGAGUGAAGAAGCACUACAAAUUCUCAAGACGAUGUACAAAAGGAAUACGGGCAAACAUCCAGACACGUAUCCAAUAAAGAUUUUGUGUGAUGAAGCAACAGAUAGCCAGGAGCAAGUAAAACCCCGAAAUUCCGAUGGGUGCGACGAUGCGCAGCUGGAGGUGAAUGUUAAUAAAUGCGAUUUCUUAUCACGGAGCUUCAAGAGAGCUUUCAGCCAAAUCAUUCCAAUGUUCAAGCCACCCCAUGUCUCGAAGUGCAUGCUUGUUUUCAGCAUUGAAUUCUUCUUGCUUCUUGGAGUCAACACACUGCGCUUGUGGAUGCCACAAGUAUUUUCUUUUAUGGCAAAUGAUGGGAAUGAAUUCGAUAUUUGCAAUGAAAUUCAACCAGACGACAUGACAAAUGCAACAACACUUGAAUCACAUGAAUGCACAUCUUUUGUUCAACCAGAAAGCAUCUUCGUGAACUCCAUGAUAGUACAGUCCGUUGGAAUAAUUGGAGCCAUAUUGAUUUGCAUCUUCAUAAAUGUGAUUCACACUAAACUCAUGCUUGUUGGUGCCACCCUCAUCGCAUCUCUGGCUUCGUUGACCAUCUACUUCUCAAUUAGCCCCAUCAUGGUGGUUGUAAUGUAUAGCCUAGGUGUGGGUUUGAGUUCAGCCGCCCACGCAGCUUUUGGCAGCAUCCUCCCCAGCAUCGGACCAACCGCCUUCCGUUCCACCGUCAUAUCCAUUUCUCUCACAUGCGGAAGAAUUGGUUCAAUGCUGGGCACCUACCUCUUCCCCUACCUCAUGGCACAAACUUGCUGGCUACCCUUUGUUGCAGUCGCAGUGGAUCUCCUCUUUUCUUCCGUUCUGUGCAUCUUCCUACCGAGAACUACGAAAAAGAGACUCUUAUGAGUCGUAAAAGGUCAUGUUUAAUUUACCCAUUCAGAGCAUCUUGCGAUAAAUCCGCAUUAAUGCUCACUGAACAUUCCGCAAAUCGUAAGGAAUAAAUCUGAUUGCUUCUUUGGGAAAUCAUUGAAGCAUAUAUUCGAAGCUACCAAAUAUAUUUUCUUUGUACGUCGCCGAAUUUCAACGUUUACGUCACCCAUGGAAAAAUCAAUAAAAUUAAAAUUAUCAAACCUCCGAGCUUUAAUUUUUUUUUGCAGAAUAAUUUCUUUUAACCCUUUGACGAUUUUAAGGGUUUGCCAUAGAUGAAUUUUAU